UAACUCAUACUUUUUCUCCACCCUCUUCCCCCUCCGACGCCUUUCUCUAUUGAUUUCAUAAGCUUCCUUCCUUGCGGCUCUUCCUCCCGGCGCCUGGCUGAAGACGAACACGAUCUGUGCAGUCAUCGAAAACCUUUUUGAUUGAAGAAAUUAAAAAAAAAAAAAAAGAAACCACCCCAUUCAAACGAGUGGCCGAGGACUGGAAGGCAACAAUGAAUGUGGAACAUGAAAUUAGCCUCUUGGUUGAAGAAAUGCAACGUCUGGGUACAAGAGGUCCUGAUGGAAAGCUAAGUGUCAAAUUUGGGGUACUUUUCCAAGAUGACAAAUGUGCCAACCUCUUUGAAGCUCUUGUGGGAACCCUCAAGGCAGCCAAGAGAAGGAAGAUUGUAACUUACCAAGGAGAACUGCUCUUACAAGGUGUCCAUGAUGAUGUUGAGAUUGUAUUGCUUCAAAAUUGAUGUAUUUGCAAAACUAUUGGGCAUUGUUAUUUUUGUUUCUGGCAAACUAUGAUGAGGAUUCUUAAUUAAAAGACAAUAUCAAAGUGUUUAAUGUAUUUUUCUAUAACUUUGUAAUCAAAAGACUUGUAUUUUGGAAGACAGUCCAUUUUGUACUUCUUAGAACAUUAGUGCAUUGCAUUAUAAAAUAAAAAACUCAAUAAUUAUUGUUUUUCUCAGGAAUAUGUUUUGAAAGUGUUGGAAAUAAAAUUGGUGUGUAUGGGGUUUUGGUGGGGGGCAGUGUUUUGUUUUACAAACCCAUUCUUAAAAGUGAAUCUGAUGAUUAUGUUGCCAUCAUGUGAAAAUAAAUAAAGGUGAUUUACCUAAAUUGGUGACCAAAAGCUAUAAUGAAUCUGUAAUAAAGCCAUUUACAUCA